GUCUUCUACUCUGUUUUGGACCAAGCUUACCAUGCAGUGCAUCCUUUAGGCAAAUCAACAACAGAAAUACUCAAGGAAACACAGAAAAUUUUUUAUGGUUUGCCAUACAUACAGAAUACUGCUUGGCAGUUGAGGUUUAGCCACCUUGUGGGAUACGGUGCUAAGUAUUACUCCUAUCUCAUGUCUAGAGCAGUCGCAACCAUGGUCUGGAAACAGUGUUUCAUGAAGAAUCCAUUUGACAGGAUUAUGGGUGAGCGUUACCGCAGGGAGAUGCUUGGACAUGGUGGUGGAAAAGAACCUAUGCUGAUGGUAAAAGGUAUGUUGCAGAAGUGUCCCACAACAGAAGACUUUGUAGAUGCAUUGGUCUUGGAUCUUGAUCCAGAUUUUGAAUCUUUUUUUAUGGACUCAUAAUAGUUGUGGAGAUCAAGUGAUUCACUCCUACCCUCACUGUGCAAGUUAUAUAUUAUUUGGAUAUGUUAAUAUUCUGUAAAUUGUAUAGCCACAAUAUUUUUUCUGAAUAAAGUAUACUUUGUUCAGCAGUUAA